ACAGCGUUUUGUUGCAGCCUUUGGGCAGGAGUUCUCCUUUGGAGAUUUUAGAGACUCCAGAGAAUUACGAAAUAGUUGCAAAACUUUUAACGUAAGAAAGAAACUUGAAGGGCUUCCUUGAGGCCCACGUUGCCCUGCUGUUAGGAGGGUGCUCACGCCCUGGCCGUGGAGACGCGAGGGUGCUCACGCCCUGGCCGUGGAGACGCUCCGAGAAGAUUUAGAAAAUCGUGUGGAGCAGCCGAGCGAGCGACACCCUUAGCUUUGGAAGAAUUGUUUGUGAUUUCUGUUGUUUGCCAAAACCCUGUAUGGGAUUUAUGGUGCUGGCCAAGCAAGUUUAGUAUGUGUCCAUGUGAGGCCUUUGUGAACAGUGGAUUUAGUCAUCUUUACAGUAAACGGAUUUUGUAGAGAUUGAGUAUGGAGGGUCCUAAUGGUGCCAAAAGCCUUUUUGAUUGGUGGUGUGGGAUCUCAGGAGCCCUUCCUAUGGUGGGCAAAGGUCUGCGGUGUAAUGGACACUCCAUUUAUGAACGAUAGGUCACAAAAGAAGCGUAUUAGAUAUUCUAGGUUGGAAGACGUUUAUAGAGUCUUUGAAUUGACUUAAACUGAAACUUCUCACUGCAGGUGACUAGUAUGCAGAUACCCAUUCUCUGACUUGCUGGCCCUCUACUGACAUGGCCCACCGGGGUGGGGAGAGGGACUUCCAGACUUCAGCCCGGCGCAUGGGCACCUCGCUGCUCUUCCAGCUUUCAGUGCACGAGCGGGAGCUGGACCUGGUUUUUCUGGAUCAUAGCUAUGCCAAGCCAUGGAGUGCCCACCCAGAUGCCAGUAGUGCUCGCCCCACCCGCAUGCUCUUUGUGACUCCCCGGAGGCAACAUGAAAGUAACAUUGAAUCAGACGUCCCAAUAGAUGUGGAGACAGUCACAUCAACCCCUGUGCCGCUCUACGACAAUCAGAAGGCACGCAGUGUGAUGAACGAGUGUGAACGGCAUGUCAUCUUCGCCAGGACCGAUGCAGAUGCUCCUCCUCCACCAGAGGACUGGGAGGAGCAUGUCAACAGGACUGGUUGGACAAUGGCCCAGAACAAGCUCUUUAACAAGAUCCUCAAAGCCCUGCAGUCUGACCGGCUUGCCCGCUUGGCCAAUGAAGGGGCUUGCAAUGAGCCAGUACUACGCCGUGUUGCUGUGGACAAGUGUGCGAGGAGAGUGCGGCAGGCUCUCGCAAGCGUGAGCUGGGACACCAAGCUGAUCCAGUGGCUGCAUACCACCCUGGUGGAGACCUUGAGUCUGCCCAUGCUGGCUGCCUACCUGGAUGCUUUGCAGACACUGAAAGGGAAGAUCCCUACUUUGAUUGACCGGAUGCUUGUGUCAUCUAACACGAAGACUGGGGCUGCAGGAGCUGAGGCCUUGUCCCUCCUGUUGAAGAGGCCCUGGGAUCCUGCUGUGGGGGUGCUUUCUCAUAACAAACCAAGCAAACUCCCUGGCUCUCCUCUCAUUCUCAUUGCGUCCUCUGGGCCUUCUAGCUCCGUGUUCCCCACCUCACGCCGCCACCGCUUCUGGCAAUCUCAGCUAUCCUGCUUAGGCAAGGUCAUCCCCGUAGCCACCCAUCUGCUGAACAAUGGUAGUGGAGUAGGAGUUCUGCAGUGUCUUGAGCAUAUGAUUGGGGCAGUGAGAAGCAAAGUGCUGGAGAUUCACAGCCAUUUCCCCCACAAACCCAUUAUCUUGAUUGGCUGGAAUACAGGAGCAUUGGUGGCCUGUCAUGUGUCAGUGAUGGAGUACGUCACUGCAGUUGUCUGCCUUGGGUUUCCUUUACUUACUGUGGAUGGUCCCAGAGGGGAUGUGGAUGAUCCCCUCUUGGAUAUGAAGACUCCAGUCCUCUUUGUCAUUGGGCAGAAUUCCUUGCAGUGUCAUCCUGAAGCCAUGGAGGAUUUCCGGGAGAAGAUUCGAGCUGAGAACAGCUUGGUGGUAGUUGGGGGAGCUGACGAUAAUCUCAGAAUAAGCAAAACCAAGAAGAAAUCAGAGGGACUGACUCAGAGCAUGGUGGACAGAUGCAUUCAGGAUGAGAUCGUGGACUUUCUGACUGGAGUGCUCACUCGCACCGAAGGGCACAUGGGCUCCGAGCCUCGGGAUCAGGAUGCUGAGAAGAAGAAGAAGCCUCGGGAUGCAGCCCGCAGAGACCUGGCCUUUGAGGUCCCUGAGCGGGGCAGUCGGCCUGCCUCACCAGCUGCCAAGCUUCCUGCCUCACCCUCAGGCUCAGAGGAUCUUUCCAGUGUGUCCAGCAGCCCCACUUCCAGUCCCAAGACCAAAGUGACCACAGUGACCUCUGCCCAGAAGUCCAGUCAAAUCGGGAGCUCUCAGCUCCUGAAGAGACAUGUGCAGCGGACAGAAGCUGUGCUGACCCACAAACAAGCCCAAGCACAGUUUGCUGCUUUUCUGAAACAAAAUAUGCUGGUGAGGAAAGCUCUUCCUCCCGGCACCUCCUCCUGUCUUUUUGUUCCCAUUUCAUCAGAACAAACGGAGGAGGCAGAGAAAGAGGAUCUUAGGGUCCAGCUGAAGCGCCACCAUCCUUCCAGUCCUCUUCCUGGCAGCAAGACCUCCAAGCGACCAAAGAUUAAGGUGUCCCUUAUCUCCCAAGGGGACACAGCUGGAGGGCCUUGUACUCCUUCUCAAGGAGGAGCUCCAGAAGUUGCGGGAGGGAAGCCCAUCACCAUGACGCUGGGGCAGGCUUCAGCAGGGCCCAAGGAGCUCACAGGGCUUCUCACCACUACCAAGUCAAAUGCUUCUGAAGGGGGAGUCUCAGCCAGCCCAGCCUCCUCAGUCUCCAGCAGCACUGCACCCAGUGCCUUGCAUACACUCCAGAGCCGCCUAGUGGCCACCUCUGCUGGCAGCUCCCUCCCAGGGGCUACAUCAGCCAGCAGCCUCCUUCAAGGUCUCAGCUUCAGCUUGCAGGAUAUCAGCAGCAAGACCUCUGGCCUCCCAGCAAAUCCUUCCCCAGGGCCAGCCCCACAGGCCACCAGUGUGAAGUUGCCCACCCCCAUGCAGAGCCUGGGUGCCAUCACCACGGGCACCAGCACCAUUGUACGUACCAUUCCUGUGGCCACCACACUCUCCUCCUUGGGUGCCACUCCUGGUGGGAAGCCCACAGCCAUCCACCAGCUGCUGACCAAUGGGGGCCUCGCUAAGUUGGCAAGCAGCCUCCCUGGCCUGGCUCAGAUCUCUAACCAAGCAUCAGGCUUGAAGGUCCCUACCACCAUUACUCUGACACUGCGUGGCCAGCCCAGCCGAAUCACUACACUGAGCCCCAUGGGCUCAGGAGCAGCCCUGUCAGAGGAGCCCAACUCCCAGGCGCUGCCCUCCAGCUCACAGCGCCUACCUCCAGCACCCUGAAGAUGCCGUGUGAUAUACCUUCCUUCACCAAGCUGGUGAUGGCUGCUGCACAGUGAGCCCUGGGUGCACACAUGCUGUCCUGCUGAGCUGUCCACUUGUCUGAAGACUUCUUAAGACUGCCAUUUUUGCCUCCCUGCCAACUGUCUUCAGAAUGGGCCUCUGGGUCUUAUGAAACCAUUAGGCUAGGUGAUACGGCGCCAGGAGAGGGAACAUCGUCCUCUGUCAUCUAUGGGUCUCAUUCCCUGAAUCCCAAGGUUCCUGAGCAGAUUUGGCCAUGCAUGGAUCAGAGGCACUUCUCCAGCAUUCGCUGUGACUUGACCCAAGUAGCAGUGUUGGACUGCUCACUGCAUUUAAUAAAGGAGUUCCUUUUGGAAGUCUGUGCUACCCCCAUGCCAAGUUGGGAGGAGACAGCCACAUGGUCUGGGGCCAUUCAGGAGUUAGGAUUGAGAGCCCUUUGCUGAGGACAGGGGUCAUCCUGGCCCACCAACACUUGUGCCGUACCAGAGGGCUGGUUUUGGACGUCACUGUUACUUUCACUGAGCAGCCAUGGGUGAGCACAUCUCUGUCUUACGAACCACAUCAGAUACUGAGUUAGCCUGCUGAGACUUGGGAACUCCUAAAUUCAAAACCAUGAUAGAUCAAAGAGGACUGGGCUGUCAUCUUUCAGUCCCUUUGGCCACUAUAGAUGGUGGGGGCGGCAGUUGGCCACUAGGUGAAAGCUGGCCCCUUUCUUGUUUUCAUCAUGCUUCGGGCAGUUCCUGUGUGCAGAAAACCUGCAGGUCCAGAAAGACUGAAAAAGAGGAAUGGAACAAAUGAAGUGGCUUGAAGGAUAUGCCAGUAAGUCCUGUGGAGAAAAUGAUAGGGCCUUGAGGUUUUGCACCUAGUACCUAAGGAACUGUUGAUUCGACAUGGAGAUGAGAAGAAGAAUUUGCCAAGUCACAGGGAAGAAACCCCAAUCCCUGAAAUUUCUAUCUCCAGUGCUUGGAAGUGAAAUAGGGAUAACUGGCUAAGUUAACAUCUUGGCCUGGCUUCCCAGGAAGCUUAAGCAUCAAGAUAAUGAAGGCAGUACUUUAGUGUUUCUGUUUCCAUCCUAUGCCACUUCUUGUCUUCUUGCUUAGUAGUGGGAAGGUUAUUGGCAUUGACUCUACUGUGUGAGGCUCUUGGUACUAGCCUGAGUCCUGGAGAAUGAUCACUGAAGACGGAGUUUUGAACCCCUCCUUAUGUCCUCACAAUACUUGUAUGCCAAGGUAGUUUUAGAUUUGGCAUCAUACCUGUCCUCCAGAUCAGGCUCUCGACCUUCUGUACUCUAGAAAAUUUCUAGCCAAGGUGUCAAUAAAUAGAGCAACCCAGAUGUGACUCCGACUCUGUUCAGUAUCAGUAGGCAGGAGGGGGCACAGCAUGCCAUUGCCGUGGUCCAGGGUCCUGACCCAUGGUGCAGCAUAUAUCCAAACCAGGUCCCCUGUAUUUAGUCCAGCAGCCUCACCUGCCAGUCUGACUGGCAGCCAGGAGGGAGUACACAGUGUGUAGGAGUCUGAGACAAAGCAAAAUGGAGUGCUGUGGGCAAGGAGGAGGCAUGUGUGAUAGGCAUGCAGAGAGCCUCUUGAACAACCAGGCCUCCCUCCCUGACCUCCUGCAGAGCUGGUCUCAGCAGUGAUUUGCAUAAUAUUAGGCUUCAUUCUUGCAUUAGUUGGUAGGUAACUGCUUUUGGAAAUUUAUUUAAGUAAGUUUGAGGAAGAUAAUGAAAUCUGAAAGAGGCAUCCAUGGGUCAGGGGUUUGGUAACUUUAAAGGCAGGAUAACACGCCAGUAGGAACCAAGGGCAGUAAGACUGUGAGACUACCAGAAACUUUUAGGAAUCAUUUAGGACAGGCAGAGGGUGCUGAACAAUCCAUUCAUGACUUAGAAGUACAGCCUAGACAAUGCUGGAGGGGUUGCUCCUGAAAGAUGCUCGCCCAGUGUGUGCUGGGACCAAAGGAAAAACUAAUGUAUUGUCCUGCAUCUGUGUAAGCCCUCGUAUGCUUCCCAUGGAUGACUUCCUGAGGCUUUGGUUGUACACCUUGAAGAAAGCCAAACCUGGAAAGGGGAGUUGUAAGAACAUUUCACCUUGGAGUUACAGACUAAAGGGGGAGGUGGUUGAAGUAAGGGAGUCAUGUUCUUCACACUUCUGCACCCACUCUUCUCGAAAUGUGAAAAGAAGCUUUCCUCCAUCUAUCACGUAUCAGACCUAGAGUCCUUAACCUCAGAAGGCAAUACUACUGGCUGAGAAUAUAGACGGAUCAAGAAGGCUUUAGUUCAAUUCUUGACAUUCAACAUGACAGGUGCAUGUUGAUGCCCGAUGGAAGAUGUCCUUGUGCUUUAAGAAGAGGUCACUGAUGGAGAUCUUCUACCUGUUCUUGGCCCCACCACUAGAAUAAUCUUGGGCUGGGUGGGUUAUAGAAUUGAGGCACUGUCACGGUUCAUUCUUAUAUUAGUAAAAACAAAAAUAAAAGCAACUUUGGAUUUCUUCAA